CAUGUGGAAUCUUCCGGACCAGGGACUGAACCUGCAUCCCCUGCAUUGGACGUCUCCUGUCAGCAACCCCCCCCCAAGUGUCUGGCCUGAGGAUGGCAGAGCAGCAGGGCCGGGAGCCUGAGUGCCCUGUCUGCUGGAACCCCUUCAACAACACAUUCCACACCCCCAAAGUGCUGGACUGCUGCCACUCCUUCUGCGUGGAAUGCCUGGCGCACAUCAGCCUGGCGACUCCGACGCGCCGCCUGCUGUGCCCGCUGUGCCGCCACCCCACCAUGCUGGCCUCCGGACAGCCUGUCACUGACUUGCCCACGGAUACUGCUGUGCUCACCCUGCUCCGCCUGGAGCCCCACCAUGUCAUCCUGGAAGGCCACCAGCUCUGCCUCAAGAACCAGCCCAAGAGCCGCUACUUCCUGCGCCAGCCCCGGGUCUACACGCUGGACCUGGGCCCUGAGCCUGGGAGUCAGGCUGGGCACCCCCAGGACGUGGGCCCUGGCACUAGGCCAGUCCCCAUCCCCAGCCGUUACUCUCUGCGGGAGUGUUUCCGCAACCCGCACUUCCGGAUCUUUGCCUACACGAUGGCAGUCAUCCUCUGCGGCACCGUGUUGUUCAUCUUCUCCAUCUUUUGCACCAGACGAUUUUUCUUGGGGGUGGGGUGA